AAUGAUGGUGAUACAGAAAGCGCUUUUUCUACUCUCGUUUACUACUCUUGUCUCAUCUGUCUUUGGAGCUGCUUCGUCGGAUUACCAGCUGAAAGCCGAUCCUGAAGGACAGUUCCCAAGACUAGGUGCCUGUCCCGAUCCUCAUGCCUGCAUAUUCCCUCCCGAUGUUUCGCAAUUUUUGCCGGGGUCCUACUUUGAUCUAAGGGUUGAAUUGCAUGCUUACGAUGAAGAUGCCUCCAAGCCUACACCUCCCCCAAUUGAUGAAUUUAAAACUGCUGUCCGUCGUGGUAAUGGUAAAUGGGUGGACAUUGAUCGUUUUUUCGAUCUGUCGACGCCUCCGCUGGAGCACUGGGACUUUAAUUGGACCAACUCUAUCGAUGCCCUGUACUCUGAUGAACACAAGCCCAUCAAUGUCGCCGUAUCUUCCCGCAUUUAUCGCAAGCUAAAGUUCGACGAACCUGGCACUUACGAUGUGAGGGUUCAAUACAGUCCCAAGCAGUCGUAUACUGUUCGAUAUGACGUGGUUGAACCAAAGCGUCCCAAAAAGAAAGCCAAGAAUGUGAUUUUGUUCAUCUCAGAUGGCGGCAACACUGGUAUGAUCACUGCCACUCGCGCCAUUGCCCGCAAGCAUACAUCCGGAAAAUUCCACAAUCUUUUAUCCUUUGAAGACUUUGAUAAUCUGGGCAUGAUCAUCACCAAUUCAGUUGACAGCUUGACUACCGACUCGGCCAAUUCUGCUUCGGCUUACUCAACAGGUCACAAGUCCAGCGUGAAUGCUCUUGGCGUGUACUGUGAUUCAUCUGAAGAUCCCUUUGAUGAUCCCAAGGUCGAAACCAUCACCGAACUCAUUCGUCGCCGACAGCCCAAGAAAGCUAUUGGUAUUGUCACCACGGCCAAUGGAGCGGACGCAACACCUGCUGCCUUUGUGUCUCAUACGCGUCGUCGCUCUACUGGGGCAGAAAUUGUGGACCAGAUCAUCAAUGGUGUGUCCAAUUGGACCGAUCCCGUUGUUCCUGAUGUAUGGCUCAGCGGCGGCGCUGAGUAUUUUACUGGCAAGCAGACCUUGAACGGAAAAAACUACUACGAUGAAUUCCGAAAGCGCGGUUACACUACCGUCUUCAAUAAGAAAGACCUGGCGAACUAUCAUGACUCGGACAAGCUCUUGGGUAUCUUCAGAAAAGAUAACAUGGAUGUUUGGUUCGAACGUAAUAUCUUCGUCAAUAACACCAUUGGCAACAAGGCCGCUCCUGAUAUGAGCGGAAAAGAUGCUUUGGGAUCGGAUCAACCUGGCUUGCAAGAUAUGACCAUCAAGGCAUUGGAGACAUUGAAGAAGCGAGGCGGAAAGGACGGUUUCUUCCUCAUGUCUGAAGCUGCCUCCGUGGAUAAGCAGCUGCACGUUUUUGACUUCCCUCGUGCUUGGGCUGAACUGAUCGAACUUGACGUCACUAUCCAAAAGACGGUCGAAUGGUUAAAGAAAAACGGAGAAUAUGAUGAUACGUUGAUCCUUUUCACUGCUGACCAUGCUCACUCUUUCGAUGUCUGGGGUACCGUUGAUCGUGAGCGCAUCAAAAGGGAGAAUACAGAUAAGGGCAAACGCAGUACCAUUGGUGUCUACGAACAUUCUGGCUGGACUGGCUUUACAGAUGCCGACGGUGAUGGUUUCCCUGAUGACUGGGCACCCCGUAUUACGCUGGCAGCUGGCACCAAUAAUGGUCCUGAUCAUUAUGAAGCUUGGCAAAUGUCGACUACGGGUUCACGCAAGCCUGGCACCAAGGAUCCAGUCCAUGGUGUUGUAGCCAACAUAAAAGACGCUGCUGGUAAUUUUGGAGCUGGUCUCAAAUGGAACGGCAAUCUUCCUACGGACUCGUCGAGUGGCGUCCAUUCAAUGAGCGACGUAUACAUUUAUUCGAACGGUCCAAGCUCUGAGCUUUUCGGCAAGACAUAUGAAAAUUGGAACCUUUUCUUCAAAAUCACCCAGGCCAUGGAUCUCCAGAGACCUCGCAACGGCGAAAAGCCACAUCAUGAUCAUCAUCAUUCUCACCAUCGCCACUGAGCCAUACAAACUUCUCAUUUAGACGCAAUAUAAAGUUAAUAAGAACCACGAUCAUUGUAGAGUUUCAAUAAAUAUAGUGCAAUGUAGCCUACAUAAACGGCUGUUAUCUGAAUAAAAGCUAUGACUGUAUUUCAUUAUGCUGGAAUACAUGAAGGAAA